AUGUCAUUUGUCGGUGGAGGAUCAGAAUGUGCUGUUAACAAUAACGUUGUUUCUCAGUUAAACAAACACACUCAACAGGACCGAUCUUUACAACAACAAGCUUCUCAACAACCUCCACUUGGUGGAGUCAUUCAAAACCAAGGCUUCAAAAGGGAUAAUCUAAUCAAUGCUAGAGACAGACAGAAUUUGGAACACUUUAUGAAUAAUGCCGCUCCCCAAGGUUCAUCAUUUCAGUUUCAACAAAUGAGACACGAAUUGAACCAUGUGCAGCAACAGCAUCCAUCAGCUCAACAUCAGCAAAACAACAACUGGUCACAAGAUUUCAAACAACAGUCUCACUCGCCAGCACCACAAGUUGCGUCACCAAUGAUCAAAAAUGCUGCACCAGUUAACACUCAAUGGGCUAAUGAGUUUCAAACGGCGCCGCAACAGCCACAAACACUACAACAGCAUCAGAACCAACAGCAAUACAACCAGCCUUUUUCAAGAUAUGGUGGGGGCGGUGCGUCAAUGAUGUCUUAUCGUCCAAUGAUGAGCAGCUCUAUGGUUGAUUGGGAUGACCAGUUUAAAAAGAUUGAAGAGCUCUCGGAACAAGCCAAGGAGACUGAAGCUGAGGCUAAAGUUGCUGAUGACAAAGAUGACAUAAUAAUUGACGAUAAAUAUCAAGCCACUUUCCAAGAAGUUUGGGAUAGUCUCAAUUCGGAGUCAUUUGAAAAUGAUUUUAUUGAACGUCAAUAUGAAGAUUUCAAAAACACUCAAGGCGAAACGUAUCCGCCCGAUAUGAAUCUAUGGGAGAGAGAUUUUGCUAAAUAUGCUUCAACAAGAGCCCAUUUUGGUGAUUACAAGUUUGAAGAUAGUAAAGAUAAUCAAUUUAUGGAUUUGCCAGCAGAUCAAGAUCCAUACCACAUUGGUAUUGAGUUGAUGGAGAAUGGUGCCAAGUUAUCUGAAGCUGCUUUGGCUUUUGAGGCUGCUAUUCAAAAAGAUCAAAAUCAUGUUGAUGCAUGGUUGAAGUUGGGUGAAGUACAAACGCAGAAUGAAAAGGAAAUUGCUGGUAUAACUGCAUUGGAAAAGUGUCUUGAAUUGCAUCCGGAAAAUUCAGAGGCAUUGAUGAACUUGGCAAUAUCCUACAUCAAUGAAGGUUAUGAUAAUGCUGCUUUUGCAACAUUGGAAAGAUGGAUUUCAACAAAAUACCCACAAAUUGCCGAACAAGCAAGGAGAGAAAAUCCUGAAUUGACCGAUGAAGAUCGUUUUUCAUUAAACAAACGUGUUACUGACCUCUUUUUGAAAGCGGCCCAGUUAUCACCCGAUGGGGCUAGUAUGGAUGCCGAUGUGCAAAUGGGAUUGGGUGUAUUGUUUUACGCCAAUGAAGAUUUCGACAAGACCAUUGAUUGUUUCAAAGCUGCAUUAUCCAUAAGACCAAACGAUCCAAUCUUGUGGAAUAGAUUGGGUGCUUCUUUAGCAAAUUCCAACCGUUCAGAGGAAGCAGUCGAUGCGUAUUUCAAGGCAUUGCAAUUGAAACCUACAUUUGUACGAGCAAGAUACAAUUUGGGAGUUUCUUGUAUAAAUAUCGGGUGCUAUAAAGAGGCUGCUGAACAUCUUUUGUCGGGAUUGUCAAUGCACCAAGUUGAAGGAGUCGAUUCUGGAUCCUCGUCAUUGAACCAUAAUCAGUCAACAGCAUUGACUGAGACUUUGAAAAGAGCAUUUAUUUCAAUGGAGAGAAGAGACUUGGUAGAAUUGGUUAAACCUAAUAUGGAUUUGAAUCAGUUCAGAGGAGAAUUCAACUUCUAG